GUCUAUUUUGUUUAAAUAAAGAAAAAGAUAAGUUGGUUGUAUACAAAAGGUCUCUAAAACAAUGUGAGGAAGAAUGCUUCUUUCAACGACACUCGGAUGGGAAAAGUGAGAGAUCUGGAAUUCAAGAAUAAAAUUAUUUUUUAGUGGAACAAGGAUGUGGGAAAUGCACUGAAGCUGAUUGCAAUAAUUGCAAAAAAAAUUUUUGUAACCAUAGAACAAUUGGGGUUAAACAUUGUUGGACUAAUAAUGGCACCACAUGUUCAACUGGAUAUUAUGAUAAUUGUUUUACAGAGAGAACUAGCACAAAUAAAUGGUUGUGGGAAUUGUGCUUCCCCAACAUGCAAAACAUGUACUAAACAUCUUUGUAAUGAUGGAAAUAAAUUUCCCUAUUAUUGCUUUGGUUCUGAUGAAAAGACAUUGUUGGAAUGUCCAAAUCCUGACUGUUAUAUUGACAAAGAUUUUAAUGCCGGUUGCGGAACUUGUGACGAGAACAAAAUUAACGUAUCUUGUGUUGAUUGUCGUGAUUUGAAAUGCAAUUCUAGAAACAAAUCAGACGAAACUAUAUUUUGCUAUGAGAGGGAGGAAUCUGGGGAGGAAACAGAGGGAAAAAGACCUUGUGAUAAGAAGAUGUGUUAUAUUAAUGUGGAUAUUUUAAAAGCAAAAUCCGAGGAAACGGCUUUCGAAAAAUUCACUAAACAAGGAUGUGGAAAUUGCCCUGAUAAUUCUAUUACGUGCAGAACUUGCAACAGCAAACAUUGUAACUCUCAACAAUUUUUUAAGGAGAGACAUUUUUGCUGGAUUUCGGAAAACUCAACGGAACAAUGCAGUGUUUCAGAACACAAAAGGAUAUGUUAUUAUGCUGUCAUCAAUGAUAAUAUAGGUGUAACAGUAGUGAAAAAGUCUAACGUAGCCUAA